UAAAUGACAAUAGGUGCAGAUGGAUCUGAUAGCUGGUAACUACUCGGAUAGCUCUGCAGAUUCAGAAAAUGACAGCGAGUUGGAAGACGUGGAUAAAGGCGAGACGGAAAAAACUGAAGAUUUAAUACCACUCCCAGAAUUUGAAAUAGACUCUAGUGGAAUGGGGAAAUCUAGGGAGAAAAUUGAUCCCAAGGUGUCAGUGUUCAGGAAUGAAUAUGUUGCUGAAAGGGAGGAAAAGAAGGCAGUCAUGGAGCAACACGUCCAAUUGAGCAAUUCAGUCAUUUCUUCUGUUGAAACUCAAGGAAAGAAAGUGUGCUGGCAGUUUCGUAAGCACGGAAGAUGCAGACAAGGGCACAAGUGCAGGUUUGCUCAUGAUAACGACCUGUUCAACGGAGCCGGCACUAUUCCUUCUAAAGCAACUCCUGCUUUCGGUAGUGGUUACUCAGCACCGCCUGGUUACGAACACCCUUUAGAGGAGGAGGAAGAGGAUGGAGCUCCUAAGAAGAAGAAGAGAAAGUUCGGUUUACCAGACACUCUUAUUCCUAAAGCAAAGGUUAUCACUAUCUACAAGGACCAUAAGAAGAAGGAGAGAUCCUUUAAGUGAACUUUUAGUUUUUUUGUUGUUAUGAUUUUAGUGUAAGAUUAGGCUCCUUAGCCUUUCUAUUAGAUACUUUGUUUUUAAAGGAGCCGUAUUGAUUUCUAUCAGCUCAGGUAGCUAGAAACUUAUCUCUUACAUCAGUUUAGCUUUUUAUUAUAAGCCAUCGAAUUUUUAACAUUUUUUGCAUUAUUUAUUCUAUUUAUAAUCAAAAGUUUUAGGGAGUAAUAAUUGUAUUUCCCGCCUUUUUAAAUUAUCCGAUAUUGCUAGGGGGGUGACACGUCCGUCUAUAAUGCUAGUAUAUUUAUAGUUUUGCGAUGUGCAAUAAUGUUCAAGUAGUCAAGAGUAUUAUUCUUCUUUUAUUAUGAUCAGUUUAUUUAGGUACCUGCUAUACUCUUCAAGUGUUUAUUUGUUACUUCAUUAUUAUCAUCUCCUCUGUAUACUGUGCUGCAUUCUGAAUUACUUACUUUCUAACCCUU